CUGUCCGUGGGGGGGCGGGGCCUGUGCGGUGGGAUUUCCCGGCCGGUGUUUCAGGCCCUUUAAGAGGCGACGCCGGAGCCGGAGCCAUUUUCCCCCCUUCGGCCGCGGCGAGGAGGAGCUGGAGCGGGAGUGACACUGAGCCGGACCCAGCGCGACCUGCGGCGGCUCCGGGUGACUCGGGCCAGUGUAGAGGGCCCCAGGCCGCCGGCAGGAGCAGCUGGGCCAAUUCCCUGGCCGGGAGCGGAAGGGGAUGGCGUCGGGCCUGGGCUCCCCGUCCCCCUGCUCGGCGGGCAGUGAGGAGGAGGAUAUGGAUGCACUUUUGAACAACAGCCUGCCCCCACCCCACCCAGAAAAUGAAGAGGACCCAGAAGAGGAUUUGUCAGAAACAGAGACUCCAAAGCUCAAGAAGAAGAAAAAGCCUAAGAAACCUCGGGACCCUAAAAUCCCUAAGAGCAAGCGCCAAAAAAAGGAGCGUAUGCUCUUAUGCCGGCAGCUGGGGGACAGCUCUGGGGAGGGGCCAGAGUUUGUGGAGGAGGAGGAAGAGGUGGCUCUGCGCUCAGACAGUGAGGGCAGCGACUAUACCCCUGGUAAGAAGAAGAAGAAGAAGCUUGGACCUAAGAAAGAGAAGAAGAGCAAAUCCAAGCGGAAGGAGGAGGAGGAGGAGGAUGACGAUGAUGAUGAUUCAAAGGAGCCUAAAUCAUCUGCUCAGCUCCUGGAAGACUGGGGCAUGGAAGACAUUGACCACGUGUUCUCAGAGGAGGAUUAUCGAACCCUCACCAACUACAAGGCCUUCAGCCAGUUUGUCAGACCCCUCAUUGCUGCAAAAAAUCCCAAGAUUGCUGUCUCCAAGAUGAUGAUGGUUUUGGGUGCAAAAUGGCGGGAGUUCAGUACCAACAAUCCCUUCAAAGGCAGUUCUGGGGCAUCAGUGGCAGCUGCGGCAGCAGCAGCGGUGGCUGUGGUGGAGAGCAUGGUGACAGCCACUGAGGUUGCACCACCACCUCCCCCUGUGGAGGUGCCUAUCCGCAAGGCCAAGACCAAGGAGGGCAAAGGUCCCAAUGCUCGGAGGAAGCCCAAGGGCAGCCCUCGUGUACCCGAUGCCAAGAAGCCUAAACCCAAGAAAGUAGCUCCCCUGAAAAUCAAGCUGGGAGGUUUUGGUUCCAAGCGUAAGAGAUCCUCGAGUGAGGAUGAUGACUUAGAUGUGGAAUCUGACUUCGAUGAUGCCAGUAUCAAUAGCUAUUCUGUUUCUGAUGGUUCCACCAGCCGUAGUAGCCGCAGCCGCAAGAAACUCCGAACCACUAAAAAGAAAAAGAAAGGCGAGGAGGAGGUGACUGCUGUGGAUGGUUAUGAGACAGACCACCAGGACUAUUGCGAGGUGUGCCAGCAAGGCGGUGAGAUCAUCCUGUGUGAUACCUGUCCCCGAGCUUACCACAUGGUUUGCCUGGAUCCCGACAUGGAGAAGGCUCCUGAGGGCAAGUGGAGCUGCCCACACUGCGAGAAGGAAGGCAUCCAGUGGGAAGCUAAAGAGGACAAUUCGGAGGGUGAGGAGAUCCUGGAAGAGGUUGGGGGAGACCUCGAAGAGGAGGAUGACCACCAUAUGGAAUUCUGUCGGGUCUGCAAGGAUGGUGGGGAGCUGCUCUGCUGUGAUACCUGUCCUUCUUCCUACCAUAUCCACUGCCUGAAUCCCCCACUUCCAGAGAUCCCCAACGGUGAAUGGCUCUGUCCCCGUUGUACGUGUCCAGCUCUGAAGGGCAAAGUGCAGAAGAUCCUAAUUUGGAAGUGGGGUCAGCCACCAUCUCCCACACCAGUGCCUCGGCCUCCAGAUGCUGAUCCCAACACGCCCUCCCCAAAGCCUUUGGAGGGGCGGCCAGAGCGGCAGUUCUUUGUGAAAUGGCAAGGCAUGUCUUACUGGCACUGCUCCUGGGUUUCUGAACUGCAGCUGGAGCUGCACUGUCAGGUGAUGUUCCGAAACUAUCAGCGGAAGAAUGAUAUGGAUGAGCCACCUUCUGGGGACUUUGGUGGUGAUGAAGAAAAAAGCCGAAAACGAAAAAACAAGGACCCUAAAUUUGCAGAGAUGGAGGAACGCUUCUAUCGCUAUGGGAUAAAACCUGAGUGGAUGAUGAUCCACCGAAUCCUCAACCACAGCGUGGACAAGAAGGGCCACGUCCACUACUUGAUCAAGUGGCGGGACUUACCUUAUGAUCAGGCUUCUUGGGAGAGUGAGGAUGUGGAGAUCCAGGAUUACGACCUGUUCAAGCAGAGCUAUUGGAAUCACAGGGAGUUAAUGAGGGGUGAGGAAGGCCGACCAGGCAAGAAGCUCAAGAAGGUGAAGCUUCGAAAGUUGGAGAGACCUCCAGAAACGCCAACAGUUGAUCCAACAGUGAAGUAUGAGCGACAGCCAGAGUACCUGGAUGCUACAGGUGGAACCCUGCACCCCUAUCAAAUGGAGGGUCUGAAUUGGUUGCGUUUCUCCUGGGCUCAGGGCACUGACACCAUCUUGGCUGAUGAGAUGGGCCUUGGGAAAACUGUACAGACAGCAGUCUUCCUCUAUUCCCUUUACAAGGAGGGUCAUUCCAAAGGCCCCUUCCUAGUGAGUGCCCCUCUUUCUACCAUCAUCAACUGGGAGCGGGAGUUUGAAAUGUGGGCUCCAGACAUGUAUGUUGUAACCUAUGUGGGUGACAAGGACAGCCGUGCCAUCAUCCGAGAGAAUGAGUUCUCCUUUGAAGACAAUGCUAUUCGUGGCGGCAAGAAGGCCUCCCGCAUGAAGAAAGAGGCAUCUGUGAAAUUCCAUGUGCUGCUGACAUCCUAUGAAUUGAUCACCAUUGACAUGGCUAUCUUGGGCUCUAUUGAUUGGGCCUGCCUCAUCGUGGAUGAAGCCCAUAGGCUGAAGAACAAUCAGUCUAAGUUCUUCCGGGUCUUGAAUGGUUACUCACUCCAGCACAAGUUGUUGCUGACUGGGACUCCAUUACAAAACAAUCUCGAAGAGUUGUUUCAUCUGCUCAACUUUCUCACCCCCGAGAGGUUCCACAAUUUGGAAGGUUUUUUGGAGGAGUUUGCUGACAUUGCCAAGGAGGACCAGAUAAAAAAACUGCAUGACAUGCUGGGGCCGCACAUGUUGCGGCGGCUGAAAGCCGAUGUGUUCAAGAAUAUGCCCUCCAAGACAGAACUAAUUGUGCGUGUGGAGCUGAGCCCUAUGCAGAAGAAAUACUACAAGUACAUCCUCACUCGAAAUUUUGAAGCACUCAAUGCCCGAGGUGGUGGUAACCAGGUGUCUCUGCUAAAUGUGGUGAUGGAUCUUAAGAAGUGCUGCAACCAUCCAUACCUCUUCCCUGUGGCUGCAAUGGAAGCCCCUAAGAUGCCUAAUGGCAUGUAUGAUGGCAGUGCCCUAAUCAGAGCAUCUGGGAAAUUAUUGCUGCUGCAGAAAAUGCUCAAGAACCUUAAAGAGGGUGGGCAUCGUGUACUCAUCUUUUCCCAGAUGACCAAGAUGCUAGACUUGCUAGAGGAUUUCUUGGAACAUGAAGGUUAUAAAUACGAACGCAUCGAUGGUGGAAUCACUGGGAACAUGCGGCAAGAGGCCAUUGACCGCUUUAAUGCACCAGGUGCUCAGCAGUUCUGCUUCUUGCUUUCCACUCGAGCUGGGGGCCUUGGAAUCAAUCUGGCCACUGCUGACACAGUUAUUAUCUAUGACUCUGACUGGAACCCCCAUAAUGACAUUCAGGCCUUUAGCAGAGCUCACCGGAUUGGGCAAAAUAAAAAGGUAAUGAUCUACCGGUUUGUGACCCGUGCGUCAGUUGAGGAGCGCAUCACGCAGGUGGCAAAGAAGAAAAUGAUGCUGACGCAUCUAGUGGUACGGCCUGGGCUGGGCUCCAAGACUGGAUCUAUGUCCAAACAGGAGCUUGAUGAUAUCCUCAAAUUUGGCACUGAGGAACUUUUCAAGGAUGAAGCCACUGAUGGAGGAGGAGACAACAAAGAGGGAGAAGAUAGCAGUGUUAUCCACUAUGAUGAUAAGGCCAUUGAACGGCUGCUGGACCGUAACCAGGAUGAGACUGAAGACACAGAAUUGCAGGGCAUGAAUGAAUAUUUGAGCUCAUUCAAAGUGGCCCAGUAUGUGGUACGGGAAGAAGAAAUGGGGGAGGAAGAGGAGGUAGAACGGGAAAUCAUUAAACAGGAAGAAAGUGUGGAUCCUGACUACUGGGAGAAAUUGCUGCGGCACCAUUAUGAGCAGCAGCAAGAAGAUCUAGCCCGAAAUCUGGGUAAAGGAAAAAGAAUCCGUAAACAGGUCAACUACAAUGAUGGCUCCCAGGAGGACCGAGAUUGGCAGGACGACCAGUCCGACAACCAGUCCGAUUACUCAGUGGCUUCAGAGGAAGGUGAUGAAGACUUUGAUGAACGUUCAGAAGCUCCCCGUAGGCCCAGUCGUAAGGGCCUGCGGAAUGAUAAAGAUAAGCCAUUGCCUCCUCUGUUGGCCCGUGUCGGUGGGAAUAUUGAAGUACUUGGUUUUAAUGCUCGUCAGCGAAAAGCCUUUCUUAACGCAAUUAUGCGAUAUGGUAUGCCACCUCAGGAUGCUUUUACUACCCAGUGGCUUGUAAGAGAUCUGCGAGGCAAAUCAGAGAAAGAGUUCAAGGCAUAUGUCUCUCUCUUUAUGCGGCAUUUAUGUGAGCCGGGGGCAGAUGGGGCUGAGACCUUUGCUGAUGGUGUCCCUCGAGAAGGCCUGUCUCGCCAGCAUGUCCUUACUAGAAUUGGUGUUAUGUCUUUGAUUCGCAAGAAGGUUCAGGAGUUUGAACAUGUUAAUGGGCGCUGGAGCAUGCCUGAACUGGCUGAGGUAGAGGAAAACAAGAAAAUGUCCCAGCCAGGGUCACCCUCCCCAAAGACUCCUACACCCUCCACUCCAGGGGAUACGCAGCCCAACACUCCUGCACCUGCCCCACCUGCUGAAGAUGGGAUCAAAAUAGAGGAAAAUAGCCUCAAAGAAGAAGAGAGCAUGGAAGGAGAAAAGGAGGUUAAAUCUGUAGCCCCUGAGACUGCCAUUGAGUGUACACAGCCCCCUGCCCCUGCCUCAGAGGAUGAAAAGGUCGUUGCUGAACCCCCUGAGGGAGAGGAGAAAGUGGAAAAGUCAGAGGUGAAGGAGAGAACAGAGGAACCUAUGGAGACAGAGCCCAAAGGUGCUGCUGAUGUAGAGAAGGUGGAGGAAAAGUCAGCAAUAGAUCUGACCCCUAUUGUGGUAGAAGACAAAGAAGAGAAGAAAGAAGAAGAAGAGAAAAAAGAGGUGAUGCUUCAGAAUGGAGAGACCCCCAAGGACCUGAAUGAUGAGAAACAGAAGAAAAAUAUUAAACAGCGUUUCAUGUUCAACAUUGCAGAUGGUGGUUUUACUGAGUUGCACUCCCUUUGGCAGAAUGAAGAGCGGGCAGCCACAGUUACCAAGAAGACUUAUGAGAUCUGGCAUCGACGGCAUGACUACUGGCUGCUAGCCGGCAUCAUAAACCAUGGCUAUGCCCGGUGGCAAGACAUCCAGAAUGACCCACGCUAUGCCAUCCUCAAUGAGCCUUUCAAGGGUGAAAUGAACCGUGGCAAUUUCUUAGAGAUCAAGAAUAAAUUUCUAGCUCGAAGGUUUAAGCUCUUAGAACAAGCUCUGGUGAUUGAGGAACAGCUGCGCCGGGCUGCUUACUUGAACAUGUCAGAAGACCCUUCUCACCCUUCCAUGGCCCUCAACACCCGCUUUGCUGAGGUGGAGUGUUUGGCGGAAAGUCAUCAGCACCUGUCCAAGGAGUCAAUGGCAGGAAACAAGCCAGCCAAUGCAGUCCUGCACAAAGUUCUGAAACAGCUGGAAGAACUGCUGAGUGACAUGAAAGCCGAUGUGACUCGACUCCCAGCUACCAUUGCCCGAAUUCCCCCAGUUGCUGUGAGGUUACAGAUGUCAGAGCGUAACAUUCUCAGCCGUCUGGCAAACCGGGCACCCGAACCUACCCCACAGCAGGUAGCCCAGCAGCAGUGAAGAUGCAGACUGAUACCACCUCCACCGCUGAGCAGUGACCUUCCUCACUUUCUCUUGUCCCAGCUUCUCCCCGGGGGGCCUGAGAGACCCUCACCUUCCUUCUGCCCAUCUUCCACGUUGUAAAGGAACAGCCCCAGCGCACUGGGGGAGGGGAGGGAGUGAGGGGCAGUGGUGCCCUUCCUGCAGGAGAGACAUGCAGCAGUAGCGCCGGCGCCAUCUGCAGGAGCUGGCGGGCUGGCCUUCUGGACCCUGGCUUCUCCCCACUGUAACGCCUGUUACACACAAACUGUUGUGGGUUCCUGCCAGGCUUGAAGAAAAUGAUCUGAAUUUUUUCCUCCUUUUGGUUUUAUUUUGUUGGUUUAUUUUGUGUUUUCUCCUUUUUUGGGGGUAUUCAGAGUGGGCUGGGCCCCUGGGCGAGACACAGCUACCUCUGUUGGCAUCUUUUUAAUACCAGGAACCCAGCGGCUCUAGCCACUGAGCGGCUAAAUGAAAUAAAGUGGAAAAAAAAAAAAAAAACCAAAAGCAUAAAAAACCACAGCAAAUUUCUUGAUGAAAAUUGAAAAUAAAAGUUUCCUUGUAUUUUA